UGGGAACCAGGCGGCGCUUGGGCUUCCCCGCCUCCCCCUCCUCCUCCUGGGUGCGGAGCGCCGCCGCUGAGGGAGGCAGGCGAGGCAAGGCAGGGCGGUCGGUCGAGUGAUAGCUAGCUAGGCGAUAGGGAGCGGGGGAAGAAGGGAACCAGAGCCGAGCAGGGCAUGAAGAUGGCGGACGCCAAGCAGAAGCGGAACGAGCAGCUGAAGCGCUGGAUCGGCUCCGAGACCGACCAGGAGCCGCCGGUGGUGAAGCGCAAGAAGACCAAGGUGAAGUUCGACGACGGCGCCGUCUUCCUGGCCGCCUGCUCGAGCGGAGACACCGACGAAGUGCUCCGGCUGCUGGAGCGAGGCGCCGACAUCAACUACGCCAAUGUGGACGGGCUCACCGCGCUGCACCAGGCUUGCAUAGAUGAUAAUGUAGAUAUGGUGAAAUUUCUGGUGGAAAAUGGAGCCAAUAUUAAUCAACCUGAUAAUGAAGGCUGGAUACCUCUACAUGCGGCUGCUUCCUGUGGAUAUCUUGAUAUAGCAGAAUAUUUAAUUAGUCAUGGAGCACAUGUAGGAGCUGUAAAUAGUGAAGGGGACACUCCAUUAGAUAUUGCUGAAGAAGAGGCAAUGGAAGAGUUGCUUCAAAAUGAAGUGAACCGGCAAGGGGUUGAUAUAGAGGCAGCUCGCAAAGAAGAAGAACGAAUAAUGCUUAGAGAUGCAAGACAGUGGCUUAACAGUGGUCAUAUAAAUGAUGUUCGGCAUGCAAAAUCUGGUGGCACAGCACUCCAUGUAGCUGCUGCUAAAGGGUAUACAGAAGUAUUAAAACUUUUAAUACAGGCUGGCUAUGAUGUAAAUAUUAAAGAUUAUGAUGGCUGGACACCACUUCAUGCGGCUGCUCAUUGGGGUAAAGAAGAAGCAUGUCGAAUAUUAGUGGAAAACUUGUGUGAUAUGGAGACUGUCAACAAAGUGGGUCAGACAGCAUUUGAUGUAGCAGAUGAAGACAUUUUAGGAUAUUUAGAAGAACUUCAAAAGAAACAAAAUAUGCUUCAUAGUGAAAAAAAGGAGAAGAAAUCACCCCUUAUUGAAUCUACAGCAAACAUGGACAAUAAUCAAUCUCAAAAACCAUUUAAAAAUAAAGAGACUUUGAUCAUUGAGCAAGAUAAGAAUGCAUCAAACAUUGAGUCUCUAGAGCAAGAAAAAGCUGAUGAAGAGGAAGAAGGAAAGAAAGAUGAGUCCAGUUGCUCUAGUGAGGAAGAUGAGGAAGAAGACUCCGAAUCUGAAGCAGAAACAGACAAGAACAAACCUACAACAAAUAAUUCAAAUACCACCAAUGUGCAAGCUGCUCCUAUAGCUGUGACAACACCAUCAGUUACUACUGGUCAAGUGACACCUACAUCCCCCAUGAAGAAGUUCCCAACUUCAACUAAGGUUUCUCCCAAAGAAGAAGAGAGGAAAGAUGAGUCUCCUGCUUCAUGGAGACUAGGUCUUCGAAAGACUGGCAGUUAUGGGGCACUGGCAGAGAUUACAGCUAGCAAAGAAACUCAGAAAGAAAAGGAUUCGACAGGAGUUAUGCGAUCAGCUUCAAGCCCUAGAUUGUCCUCUUCAUUAGACAACAAAGACAAGGAUAAAGAUACAAAAGGAACUAGGCUUGCAUAUGUUGCUCCUACAAUUCCAAGACGACUGGCCAGUACAUCUGACAUUGAAGAGAAAGAAAACAGGGAUACGUCAGCCAGUUUAAUACGUGGUAGUGGUUCUUACACAAGAAGAAAAUGGGAAGAAGAUGCAAAGAAAAAUAUCUCAAAUGAAGGAUCUUCACCACUAAACACAACCUAUCAAAGAAGUAGUUCCUUUGGUAGAAGACAAGAUGACUUGAUUAGUUCUAGUAUUCCAAGUAUUACGUCAGUAUCAACAGUUACCUCCCCCGCUGGUCUUCAGAAAAGCCUGCUUUCCAGCACAAGCACUGCUACAAAGGUUACAACGGGUUCAGCAACAGCAGGCAUACAAAGCAGUACCUCAAAUCGUUUAUGGGCUGAGGAUAGUACUGAGAGAGACAAAGACAAUGUUCCUACGGCAGUGACCGUUCCUGUUGCACCAUCAGUUGUAAAUACUGCGACUACCACAGCCUUGACUACAACUACUUCUGGCACUGUGUCCUCAACUUCAGAGGUCAGGGAGAGACGCAGGUCAUACCUCACUCCAGUUCGGGAUGAAGAAUCUGAAUCCCAAAGAAAAGCUAGAUCAAGGCAAGCAAGGCAGUCCAGAAGAUCCACUCAGGGGGUAACGCUGACUGAUCUUCAAGAAGCCGAAAAAACUAUUGGCAGAAGUCGUGGUACACGAACCAGAGAGCAAGAAAACGAAGAAAAAGAAAAGGAGGAAAAAGAAAAACAGGACAAAGAAAAACAGGAAGAAAAGAAAGAAUCUGAAUCGAAAGAUGAUGAUUAUAGACAAAGAUACACACGGACCCUAGAGGAGCCAUAUCAUCGCUAUAGAACUACAUCUACAACUACUUCAUCAACUUCUUCAGUUGCCACAUCUAGUUCUUCAAGCCAACUAAACAGACCAAACAGCCUUAUAGGUAUAACUUCUGCUUACUCCAGAAGUGGAGCAAAGGAAAAUGAGAGAGAAACAGGGAAGAAAGAAGAAGAAAAAGAAGAAGAUAAAUCACAGACAAAAUCAAUAAGGGAAAGGCGACGGCCAAGAGAAAAACGAAGAUCUACAGGAGUUUCUUUUUGGACUCAGGAUAGUGAUGAAAAUGAACAAGAACACCCAUCUGAUUCAGAAGAGGGAACAAAUAAAAAAGAAACACAGGGUGAAAGCAUUUCAAGAUAUGACACAGGAUCAUCAGGAGAUCGUUACGAUUCAGUACUAGGACGGACUGGAUACAGUUACUUGGAAGAUCGGAAAUCAUAUUCCAGCAAGCUAGAAAAAGAAGAUACAACAGAUUUUAAAAAGCUUUAUGAACAGAUUGUAGCUGAAAAUGAAAAAUUGAAAGCACAGUUGCAUGAUACCAACAUGGAACUGACGGAUCUCAAACUACAGUUGGAAAAGGCAACUCAGAGGCAGGAAAGAUUUGCUGAUAGGUCUCUGCUAGAAAUGGAAAAAAGGGUGACCGACAAGAGUCAGUAUCCUCGCAGCGGAAAGAAGAGCUCUAGAAAGGCGGAUAUCUGAAAUGGAAGAGGAACUCAAAAUGCUACCAGACCUGAAGGCCGAUAACCAGAGGCUAAAAGAUGAAAAUGGGGCCUUGAUCAGAGUUAUCAGCAAGCUUUCCAAAUAAAAUUGUUUACUCCAGCUGCAAAUCAUGGGAUUGCACAUAAUUAGUAUCUCCAGUGGACCAUAGCAUGGAAGUCACUGGAAGUCUGAGAAGAUUUCUUGGAGACUGUCAUUUUCAGAUAUUCUGCCAAAUGCCCUCUUACCUGGGUGUGUGUGUUUUUUAAACCAAGAUCAUUGUUUCAUGUGUUAAAGCAGCUGCUGAGAAGACAUAAUGACUGAGAAAUCUUGUUUACAGCUACUGCAUAUAAGGAAAGUGUUCAAGGCCAGAUAAGCCUCAGAUAUUUAACCAGUAAGCCUUAGUUGUACAUAAACACAUGCAUCAAAAAAGCUUUCUGCUACCACAGACAGUUACUUUUAUUUUGUUGUGUCACGGUUCCUGGUUGUUGUUGUUUUCUAUCCUGCAGUUUUUCUCUCUUACAUCUUAAGUUUGGAUUUGUGUGUGUUUCCUUCUAAUUAUUCAUAUACCAGAUUUUUUUUUGUUGUACAGUAUUUUCACAGCUUUACAUUUACACACCCCUUUAAAAAUGCAACAUGUAGCUAACUAAGCCUGUAUUGUCCAGCCAGCCACCCCAAAACAGAGAGGUUUUGUGGAACCUUUGCUUUCACUGUUGUGCAAUAUGCAUUAUUUCCUAUAAAAGAUGCUUUAAAAGUCAGUUGCAAGUAGAUUGGUUAUUUUAAAACUCCUGUCUUCUGCCUUUAUUGGUCACUUUUUAAAAGAAAAGAAAAAGGUUUGUAGUGCAAGUUGUUAGAUCCUGUAACCAUCACAUUCAUUUUAGCAGGUACUAAGUGAUGCUGUAUAUAUUAAUGUAUAUUGUUUGGAGUUUUCAGACCACCACUUGACAUGCUUGAAUAUAUUUCCCUAUUGCAAUUGUGUGUUAAAACAAAAUAGGCUGCUCCACAGUAGUGUUUAACAAAGUCCAUUUGGUUUAAAUUUAGAAAUUCUACUUUGUAUGGAGUCAGUCUUUACAAAAAAUUGAAACUAAAAACAAUAUUUUAUCCCCUUCCAUUUUUUAUUUGAGUGAUCACCCAUAAUAAAACUUAAGUAUAACUUCUUCACUACAUUUCACAUAUCUGUGUUUGAGUGCUGUCUGAAACUGUUGUGCUAGCCAAAGUAAUAUUUAAGUCAUUUGAAAGCCCUAACCUAUUCAUUUACGUGCACUGCUAAUGCCAUCUGAAGAGGCAUCUAAGUUGAUACCACCACGUUCAGACCAUUUUAUACAUUUCAGUGGCCUUUUAAAACGUACUCCAGUGAAGAUAGCUUUUGUUAGAAAACAAACAGCUUUUAUAUUUUCACUAAAACCUACUAAAUAUAACCAUCUUCUGGCCUACAGACUAUUGCCUAAAAACCACUGAACAGCUCAGCCAUUAAAAUAAAUUGUAUAUUGUAAAGCUUGUAGUAGCUAUUGUAUUAUUGAUUAUAUUGUAUACUAUAUUAAAUGUGAAUUUGUACCCCUUCAUUUUAAAAGGUCAUUGUGUUCUACUUCCUACUUCUUGGGGAUGGGACUCACUUCAUUUUGGGGUGGUCAAAAGAGAACAACUGUUUGGGGCAAGGAGGACAUGAGUCCCCUUCAUAGGGUUGGGUGAUUUGGGGAGGGGGGGGAGGGAGGUUUUUUGAAGAUGUAAGGUUUUGCUCUUACUACCAAGCUCAGGAUUCUUGAUUUUAAAGGUACAAGGAUAGUUCUGGGAUAUCUUGUUACAGUAGGUCUGUAUGAGUCAUAAGUUUGAAGGUGGACAUAUUUCAUGGUCUUAAGCUAAUACAAAGCAAGCAGAGAAAAUAUCCAUCUGAAUGGCUGCAACACGCUGCAUAGUGUUGUUGAAUUGUUAGGCAUACUGUGGAUUAUAUUUGGUCAAGUUCUGGAUGCCUGUGAAUGAUUAAAUGUGUAUCUAAUAUUUUAGUGUUUUAUAUAUAGGUUAUUUAUUAUUUACAAACUGAAUGGCUACUGUGUUACGUUGAUUUUAUUGGUAGUAUUGAGCAGACCUUGCAUCUGCAUGAAACUACUUGCAAAACCCACUAUUUUGCAAAAAAAAAUGUAUUUUGACAUAUACAAAUAAAAUGAAUAAAACUAUUUUAAAUGUGUGGAUUUUACUGAGAAAACAUUUUAAACGUGAAUUUGGUAUUUAAAUUCUUUGUGGGCAUUUUUUAUUGCUUCACUGGGAUGCAAAAUACUUUUCAGAGAUUGUAAUCAAAUUGUGUUUGCACAGCUGUAAAUGCAAAAGUAAAAAUGCCAUAUUUAUGCAAUCUGUAACAAAAUUGAAAAAUGUUUAUAUAUUUUACAUAAACCUGUCUGCAUGGAGAAACUA